UCUCUCUCUCUCUCUCUCUCUCUGUCUUUCAACUGUUGGGAGCUCAGGGCCUCUUAGCCAAAGCUUGGACACUCCCAGAAUCCCCUGGGAGAGUAUGCAGCAGUUGUCAAUAGAGAUAAGGGGGUUCAGGAUCCCCCCCAGGAGCAAAUUAGGUUCUGAUUAAGGGCUGUGUUUCAAACAGGAUGCUUUGCAGCAUCAGUCACACACAGCGAAAGUCCCAUAGGAAUCAGGUGACUUCCAAGUCCUGGUAUACCAGAUUGAUGUAUUGUUUAGUUGUGUUUGCAUUUAGAUAAACCACUUCGGUACUAAAUGAUCUAUUGUCCUCUUUGCUCAAACACAACCAGGUCUGUCGGUGAUAGAACUACUUCAAACCAUUUGUUUUCCAACAACAGAGAUUUAUUCCACUAUAUGGUCAAUUCAGGUUGUUCCAAAUUUAGCUGGAGCCGACUGUUUAUGUAAUGCCAACAUCUGUAUGCGUGUGUGUGUGUAUGAUUCUUUCUCUGGUGAUCCAGUAUGGGGUUGACUUGGGUGACAGAUGGACACAGAGGUUUGGCUUUACCUGCCUACAUUUGGCCAUAGCACAGAGAAUGUGCUCCACACGCCCCUUCCCUGCACACACAUACAGUAUGCUGGCCUGCGGCUAUUUUUGUCAGCAAGGGCAUUAACUCUUAACACCUGUUCUGUUUAUUGCCCAUGGGCAUUGGGCAUGGUCUUAAUAAAUGCACUGCUAACAGGGACCACAAUCCCAAGGGUAGGAUCCGGAGGAAAAAAAGAUUGACAAGUUGGCACCAUCAACCUUUGAUUGAGCUUUGAUUUACAAAAGGAAACAUGUAACUAACCGUGGCUUCGACACUGAGGUGAUGUCGGGCAUCCUCCAGUAACAGUAUCUGGUUUGUAAUUAGAUGGAUUUAACAAGAGACACUGGCUAAGCAACUUCCAAUAAACAUCAACUGCUCAUUAGAUAAAAACAUUUACUAUCAAACAUCAAUGUUCAGCAUUAAAUCCCAGACUUUAUCAACAAACAGUAACCAAUAAACACCAAAACAGCCUCCAAUAAACAUCUGAUUACAUUUACCAAUUACUACCAACACCCCAGCUGACAAAAUAAAGGUCCCCAGAACGUUCCUUAAAUGGCCUCUAUGAAUGUCCCCCGAACGUCCAUGUGUAGGGUCCCCUUGACGUCCUACGGACGUUCAAGAGGACGUUCACAGGACGCCCAGCGGCCAUUCGGGACGCUUAGUGGACUUUCGCUGAAAUGAACACACUCAGUAGUGUUAUGAUUUGAUAUCCUCUGACGUCCUCGGAAUGUCUGCCAGCGAACGGACUAAAUGCGGACCUAAGUGGACGUCCGCAACGUCCGGGGGACGUCCCGUGUUUGCUGGGACUCCAUUUACCACCAAACUUGCAACACAAGCAGUUGGCUUUAGAGCCUUUAGAGAGCUUCUGAGAAAAUUUAUUAGUUUAAUCAGUUAGAACUGAACUUUUCUGGAAGUUAGAUCUGUAAGAGGAUGUGUAGAGGUCUCUACACCAGUGUGAAUGGUGGAGAACAUUCUGGAAACUUCCCACCAAGCACACCAACCCAAUACUUGUGCUUUUCUGACAUCUAUUGGAUGACACGGAUUUUCAGAUUCCCGUGUAGAGUAUUAAGUGGACUGGCAGUGAGCGCUGAGUAGAUUUAGAGUCGAGAACUUGAAGUGGUCUUGCAGUAUCUCAUUACAGCACUUUACCUGUUUUAGCACACCUGAGUCAACUCACAAAUGGCUGUAUAAUUACCUACAGAGUUGAAACAGAUGUGUUAGAGCAGUGCAAACAUGCACCACAGGUGAUGCGAGGCAUCUCGGUCAUCCAGCUGAAAACCUGUGGUACUAAAUCAGCAACCCUGCAACCCCAGGAACUACUGCUUGUCUCCUGGAUUGUAGAGUGCCCUCUGCCUGCCUGCAGGAGUCGUUCUUUUGUACCCUGUCAGCCAAGUGCAGCUGUUGUCGAAGUAAAGUCGAGCACUAAUUAUCUGCCUGUUAGCAGUUUGGCUGUGACCCUGUAUGUUUGGUUAUUUUUGCACUUGAUAGUUCUGCUGAUAGGAGAUCAGGGCUGGAAGCUGAUGGGGGGUGGGGGGUGUCUCUGAACCUGGUCUGGACAACCACACAGUCCAGGCAUGUGUUUGAGCGUGUGGGUGUGUGUGACGAGGGAGUGUUGGAGGCCUAGCUGACCCAGUGGAAGGUGACAGGCGAAUGGAGUAGAAGGCAGCUGAUCCACAGUGAGUGACAGGACUGAGACAAGAGGCGCCUGAAAGAGAGCCUGCUGCUCGACACAUGCUCAUGGAGAGACUCACACACACACACACACAUAUAUAAUUAUACUCGUUUGGGAACACACAAGUACAUACACCCUCAUUUGCACUCUUUUUCAAGCAUCCUUAGUGUCUCAGCAUUGUACGUUGCUCAGAAUUAUUGCACAAGAAUGCUGCAGACUCAAAAACAUAUAGGGUCUGCCACUUUAUGAGCCCUGAUAGCAAGACCAUCUGUGUAAAUAGUUCUCCUGUAACGAGUUUUAAACCUGCUCCUCUCUGAGUCCGGACUCGUGACCGAUGGCAGCCAUGUCUCUUAACAGGAUUUACAUGCUGACAGACAUACUUGGAGAUACUCUUUCAGGGACUGGACUAACUCUGUGUGAGGUGGUGGAGGAGGAAAGGGGUCAGAAAGACAAACUUCCAGGAGGAUAAGCUGCCCUUUUGCCCCUGAUAAAGGUGACUGGUGUAGGCAGAGUGAUUGUUUGGGAGAGGGAAGGGUUGAAAAGAGGAGAGAAGAGCAGGGAGCAGGUGCAAAGGUUGUCCUGUGGAGGUUUUUUACCUUGAUUUGUCUCCAAUGUCUCUCACCUGUCACAUCGAUGAUGCCCAGUCUUUGGAAGGGAGGAGUCCCACAUGUGGUUUCCGCACAUCGUUAUCAGCUAAACCAAUCUUUUCAUUCAAGCCAUGAAAGCAUUGGAUGGCAGCAGCAUCAACAUGAAUUCCAGUGUUACAAUGUAAUCCGAUGUCAACUGCAUCAUUUGUGAGGUAGACACCAUGAUGGAUGUUGAUCCUUUGAAUGAGGCUUUUAGAUGAAGUUAGUCUUUGUUUUGGAGGUAGAUGAAACCUCUAUGAAAAAGGUUCCAUGAUGGAUGUAGAUUCCCUGAUGGAUGUUGACCCCAUGACAGCGCCUGCGUGAUCGAGGGUAGCGCUUAUGAUGGAUAUACCUUCUAUUGAUGGAUGUAGACUCUGAAGGAGGUUCUAUGAUGGUGUUCGAGUAGAUUCUGAACAAGGUUCUAGGAAGAGGUGUAGAGGUCUAUACACCAGUGUGAAUGGUGAAGAACUUACUAGAAACUUUCUACCAAGCACACUGACCAACUGCCUGUUUUGUUAGUGGCCGUGAUGCAGGUAGGCUUUAUGAUGGAGGUUGUGUUUAAGGAGGCACAGGGAUGGAGGUAGAGUCAGUGAUGCUACACUCUGUGGUGGAGGUUACUCUCUGUAACUGAGGUAAAUGGAAUAGAGUCUGGAUCUUAGAUGGCCGUAGAAUAUAGACUCUGUGAUAGAGGCUCCAUAAUGAUGGACUCUUUGAGGGAUGUACACUGUAAUGGAGCUUUGUUCUGUGAUAGAUGUAGACUCUGUGAUGGACAGUUUGUUGACUGUAUCAUGGAGGUAAACUGGGAUUAGAUAUACACACUGUGAGGGAAGUAUUUGUAUUGUCCCUGCAGUGGAGGUAGAAAGUGAUGGAUGGGAACUCUGUGCUGGAGAUACACUCUGUGAUAGAGGUGUGUUUUGUGAUGGAUAAAAACUCUGUGAUGGACAGCAGCAGAUCCAGCUGCACUUGUCACUGACAGUCAAGCUCCUGUGAGGGGGGCAGUAUGAGAGCAGGGUGCAGGGUGGAGGACACUGAUGGCAAUGCAAGGACUUGCAAGGGGCCAGUAAGGGAUCCCGUCAGCAGCAGCUGAGCUGGAGAACAGGUGCUAUGCGAUGUUUCCAACACAAGCAAAAUGUAUUUACUCGCAGAGCCUUGACACACUCUAAAUAUCUGUCCUGCAGCGCUUUAAACCUAUGAGACAUGUUACGACUCAAGAUGAAGACACAUCCAUUAGUGUAGUGCUGGGAAAAGAGAGCAGUGACAUCAUCUGCUUUGCCAUUAAAUGUUGUCAAGAUUUCGAGUUAAGCUGUCAGGGUCGCAAGGACCUCGCGGAGCGUUGGCAAUUUCAGUAGCGCUGAAACGAAGGUCGGAACAAUGCCAGAUUCACCAGCCGAUGUGAAAACCCAGCCCAGGUCGACUCCGCCCACAAUGCCACCCCCACCACCUGCCGUGAGCCAGGCAGCCAAUCGCAAUGCGUCAUUCACGCCGACAACAAUGCUGAACGGGAGCAGCCACUCGCCAACCGCACUUAACGGAGCUCCGUCCACCCCCAACGGCUUCAGUAACGGGCCAGCCGGCUCGUCCACAGCGGCUCUGCCCACGCAGCAGCUGCCCCCGGCGUGUGGAGCUCGCCAGCUCUGCAAACUCAAACGCUUCCUUACCACUCUGCAACAGUUUGGCAAUGACAUCUCACCCGAGAUAGGGGAGAGGGUGCGCAGUCUGGUGCUCGGCCUCGUGAAUUCAACUCUCACCAUAGAAGAGUUUCACGGCAAACUGCAGGAGGCCACCAACUUCCCUCUUCGACCCUUCGUCAUUCCCUUUCUCAAGGCUAACCUACCCCUCCUGCAGAGGGAGCUGUUGCACUGUGCGCGUCUGGCCAAGCAGACCCCUGCUCAGUACCUGGCUCAGCACGAGCAGCUGCUGCUGGACGCCAACGCCAACUCGCCGCUCGACUCCUCCGAGAUCCUCCUGGAGCUCAAUGAGCACGGCAAAAGGAGAACGCCCGACAGGACCAAAGAGGCAGGAGGUGAGAGGGAUGCCUUGCACACCGAGCACAUGGCCAAGCGGCCGUGUACAGUCAGCCCAAGUCAGCGCUUCAGUCCAAGCAGCGGCAUCGCAGCCCACGCUCCUCCCAACGGCCUGCCCACUCACCCUCCCAAUGGCCUGGCCCACCCGAGCGCCCCUGGCCCACAGCAGUACCGCCUGGAGGACAUGGCCAUGGCCCAUCACUACAGAGACGCCUACAGACACGGCGAGCACAGGGACUCUCGCGAACGCCACCGACAGACAGCUGUUCAUGGAGCGCGUCAGGAGGAGGUCAUCGAUCACCGGCUCACCGACCGUGAGUGGGCUGAGGAGUGGAAGCACCUGGAUAACUUGCUGAACUGCAUUAUGGACAUGGUGGAGAAGACGAGGCGCUCUCUGACCGUGCUUCGCCGCUGUCAGGAGGCCGACCGUGAAGAGAUGAACCACUGGAUCCGGCGCUACAGUGACGUGGAGGAUAUGAAGAAAGACAUUCAUCGAGACUUCCUUCAUCGGCCUCCGUCCGGAUACCUGCCCGAAGAGAUCUGGAGGAAGGCAGGUGCCCCCAGCAUCCCGCUCUCCCCAGCAAUAAAGCAACUGCACAACAAACAGGAGGAGGCCGUGAACGAGGUGAAGAGGCAGGCCAUGUCUGAGCUGCAGAAGGCCGUGUCUGACGCCGAGAGGAAAGCUCACGAGAUGAUUUCAGCCGAACGCUCCAAGAUGGAGAGAGCACUAGCGGAGGCCAAGAGACAGGCCUCGGAGGACGCGCUGUCCGUCAUCAACCAGCAAGAGGACUCCAGUGAGAGCUGCUGGAACUGCGGCCGCAAGGCGAGCGAGACGUGCAGCGGCUGUAACACAGCGCGGUACUGCGGCUCCUUCUGCCAGCAUAAAGACUGGGAGAAACACCACCACGUGUGCGGCCAGACGCUACAGGGGCUACCCGGAGGCAGCAGCGUUCCUCUGGGAACUCCUUCCUCUUCGUCGUCCUCCUCCUCUUCUUCCUCCUCCUCGUCCUCUUCCAGCGCUCCGCCCACACACUCGGACAGCACCGCUCCGGGCCCUCUGUCCCUGGUUGGGCACGCUGGCGGCGGAGGAAGCCCCAAAGACAGCAGCGCCAGCUCCAGCAGUGUGUCGCGUUCCACCACCCCUGCCACACCUGCCCUGCUGGACUCCUCCUCCCGCUGACCUCCGACCCUCAGUCUGAGCGCACUCACUGCUACCGCUAACGCUGCUGCUGCACCUGCACCCAAAAGAAGAUGAGAAAUGUUCACCACUAAUCCUCGCACUUCUUCCCACCUCUACGAGUUCCUCACUUCUUCUCAACUACCUGAAGCUCCCAUUUAACCCUAGCUCUCUAUUUAUUAACAUUUCAAAGGGUUUGAUUUACUGAGGACGCAGUCAGCGAUUUUACCCAUGUCUUAUUAAAAAUAAGGCAGCAAGAAAUAAAUUCAAGCUUGGCUUUAUGAAUAAUUUAAGCCCUGUAUAUGUAUAUGUGUAUAUAUAUAUAUAUAUAUAUAUAUAUAUAUAUAUAUAUAUAUAUAUAUAUAUAUAUGGUCGGCCCGGCACGCAUGGACGCAGUUUACACCUGACACACUCCGUCCUCUUCCACGGAGAUUUUUAGAGAAGCUUGAAUACAUCUAACAGGCGUUAGAGUCCUCCUUCAUACUUUUGCCCUUCUGUCCUGUCUGGGAUUUUUACGGCGGGUCGACAGACUUCCCCUCACAUCCCAGCGCUCCGCUCCUCAAACCAUGAACGAUCUUCUUUCACCGGUUUGUUUUUUGGCUUUAACAAAUAAAUCCAAAAAUAAUGAUACUGAUAAUAAUAAUAAUAAUAAUAAUAAUAGUAAGAAUAAAAAGAAUAAAGACAUGAUAACUACCUUGCUAGCGAGCCAAGAAAAACCUACACCGGACUCACCUCUCUGUUCUGAUGCGAACCCAAAUAAAAUAAACUAAAAGAGACAAAAACAUGAUCCAAACCUUUUUAAUACACUGCCAAAGUUUCAUGGAGAAGCACUCGUCUUGUAACCAAACGCGAACGACGCAAAACCUCCUCAAACCCAAGUCUGGUUUCUGUGGAGAGGCAGCAAGGAAAAAAGGAACAAAUUCAAUCCCUGCCUUCCUCCUCUCACUGUGCCCCCCUCCUUCCCUCCCUGGCUCAGUUACCCACAAUCCCCUGCUCCAACCCCAAGGAUCACGGUGAAGUGACAUGCUAUCCGCCUCUGCUAAAAGCAAAAAAAAAAAAAAGACAUGCAGGCGGAGAGAGAAAGUAAGGACGAGUGGACCAAACGAUGUAUGGAAACGAACGCGCUUUUGGCCUCGGAAGAAAAUUGGCACCGCAAAUGCCAAAAAAAAACAACCCUUCAAAACCCUCAAUAAGAACCGAGAACGUCCGUGCGAGGAUCGCACUCCAAGGACAAGCCUUUUGAAGCAAUUCUACGUUUGUUUGUUUGUUUUUUUUCUAAAACUCUCCCAAAUUGAAACACCGAGCUGUAAUUUUCACUCUCCUUCGUUUUUCCAAAGCAUGAAGAGCAGACUGCUAAAAAAAAACAAACAAAAAAAAACUGUCUCAUAAAAAGCAGUGUGGACUCGAUUUCUCUUCUAUAUAUCUAUCUCUCUCUCUCUCUCUUUCUCUCUGUUUUUGCUCUACCUCCUGCCUACUUGUCCCUUUGUCUGCUACCCCCCUCCCAAUCCCCCCCCCCGUCUGAGCAGAUAUCUAAAAGGGAUCAAACAUGUAGAUACUGCUUUCUGGUUCUCGAUGUCUCUGUCUCUGAUGUCUCCCUGUACUGCCUGACUUUUUUUUUUUCUUCUUCUUCUUCUUCUUCUUCCUCUUUCUUUGUUUUCAGUUUAGGCCAGACAUGUAAAGACGUUCUGAGGGGAGAAAUCCGUAGAGUAGAAACUCCUCGGUGUAUUUUAUAUCACUCGUGUUUUGAGACAGCGAGAGGACGGAGGUGCAAUAUGAGAAGAGAAUUCAGCUACUGAACGGAACCUCAGAAACCACCCUUAGGGUACCUUAUAAUAUAAAUCUACAUAUAAAUCUAUUUAAAAUAACAACCAUAACUUAAUGUGAAUGUAUAUAGUAUUUAAAAGUAAGAGGUCCAAAAAAAAAAAUAAAAGAAAAAAAAAAAAGAAGAAAAACGUGUUUGCCAAAUAACAGAAAGUAUAAUGUCUACAAAUAAUUCUCUCAGUUCUUUUCCUUUCCAAAUCAAAGCAAUUGUAAUUACUCAUUCAAAACCCAUGCAUUCAUCCCCCCUCCCCCCCCCUCACCCCCGCCCCCGUCUGUUUUACUCUGUAUAGUGUGUAAUCUAUAGAUGUAGAAGACAGCGAGUCCUGAUUUUGCCGAGUCACGGCCGUUCGUGGGUCAGUGAGGGCGGGGCUUAAGUUCAAUUUGAUCUGCCGGUCACAUGACCUUAUCACAAUAUGUUAACUUGGCUUUAGAGGAGCAGCUUGUAAAAUUUGCUGCUUCUGCAAAAUCAGGAGCUGCGUAGGUGAAACCGGGGAGGUGAAUGUCAGAGUUGGUGACUCAUCACUGCUUGUACAGUUUAUCGCCAGAGGGGCUGAAAGAGAAGCGGUGCGAAUCGAAUCGAAGCGUGUUCACGAACGCAAUCUUGUUAAACCAUGAUGCUGAUGGCAGGCUUCCAAGUCACUUCCUGUUGAUUUCAGAGCAACCGUGUGAAACGUUGCACGCUUUCUCACUGAACUAACCUCCGGCGUAGUCAUGGUCCAAAUCUGACACCAGAGUCAAACUUAACACUUUUUGUUUGUUGUCUAUACUGCGGUACAUUGCUAUGGUUUUCCCUGAAGAAGUCGUCAGCUUUCUCUCCAGAAGCGCUGGAGUCCUGUUAACGCACUAAAGCGUGUGGGAAGUUUUUUUUUUGUUUUGUUUUGUUUUAAAUAAAGGGUCAUAUAAUGAUAUAAUGAUGCCCAAAAUGAUAAAAAAGCCCUUAUGAAUAAAGUGAGUCCGUCACCCUGAAAGAACUGUUGGUUGAAAUGCACUCCAAACCGAGUCGACUGAACAGGAAGAAACAUUUUGUGCACUCAGACGUCCCGUCCACAUGCCAUACCUCUAAUACGGACCAAACUUGAAGGUUUCCUGCUUAGUGUCUUGUCCUAUUUAGCGCUUUUUCUUUCUCUUUUUUUUUUUCAUGUCGGCUCCUUUAAUUUAAAUACAGUGCAUUGAAUAUGAAUUGAAUGAUCUAUUUUCUUAUUUCGAAAUUAAUAUAUGAAGUCUUUCACCUAUUCAGUGGAUAUGUAAAGCUUUUACACAUGUGUAUGACGAAGCAGAACUACAGAGCCGUGUGUGGCUCUCGUCCCCCGGUUGUCCGUCCUCGGCCUUCCGUCUCCUCGUCAGCUACCUCCUGUCCAAGAGCGUGAGAUCGUACGUGCGCUCAGAGAGCCGUGCCACUAGCAGACACGCAGACCCGCCCGCCGUAUGAAGAAGCAAUUUACAUUCAGCCUGCAUAUGUUAUUUUAGGGUUUAGACAGAGAUAUGAGGUUGGGUUUUAAGACCAAGAGGAAUGAAAGGCUUUGUUCACACAGCACGGCAAAUCUGAAGGUCAGCAUUGUAAGUUACAAACCAUCAAAUCAAAUCUGUAUCGUUUGGGCUGUCGCCACAUUUGCGCCAUUAGUUGCCGUAGUGACGAUGCAGACGACGGUGCAUGCUGAUCUUAACACAUUUCAUUAGGAUGUGUGCCAAACGACGGAAGAUACACACAGCAUCCGAUUCGACUGGACCAAUUAGAGACAACUGGAAACUACAGGGUGUCCCAAAAGUCUCCAUACAUAGGGGACUAUAUUUGCCAGCACCACAUCGGUUGAUGAUCGUGGACGUCCACUUCGCCAUGUUUCCCGUUCAAGUCCAUCGCAACCUUGAGACAGCUUCCUGAUCCAGCCAUGAGAAUGAUUUUAUUCUCUAAGGCAUUCUUAAAGACUAAUAUAUAUAUAUAUGUGUGUGUGUGCGUGUGU